AUGAAUCAAGAGCAAGUUUUCAGAACAUCCUCUCUUCUAGUUCCCAUUAGAAAGCUUAUACUAAGUAGCCCUUUGAGGAUUCAGUAUACACAGAGCAUAUAUGUUAAUAAAUGUGGUUUUCCAUCAGACUCUGAAGUGAGAAUCAUAGCUGAGCCGGGCAGAUACUAUGUUGCAUCAGCUUUCACACUCGCAGUUAAUAUUAUUGCCAAAAAACUUGUAUUAAAGGAACAGACAGGCUCUGAUGAUGAAGAGGAGUCUAGUGAAUGGACGUUCAUGUAUUACAUGAAUGAUGGAGUAUAUGGCUCCUUCAACUGCAUUCUUUAUGACCACGUGCACGUGAAGCCUCUUCUGCAGAAGAGACCCAAACCAGACGAGAAGUAUUAUUCAUCCAGCAUCUGGGGACCGACCUGUGACAGCCUGGACCGCAUUGUUGAGCGCUGUAACCUACCCGAGAUGCAUGUGGGCGACUGGAUGCUCUUUGAGAACAUGGGUGCUUACACUGUUGCUGCUGCUUCUACCUUCAAUGGAUUCCAGAGACCCACCACCUACUAUGUGAUGUCAGGGCCAACGUGGCAACUGAUGCAGCAGAUCCGGGCCCAGGACUUCCCGCCCGGAGUGGAGGAGCCAGACGUCAGUCCCCUGCCCGUGUCCUGUGCCCAGGAGAGCGGCAUGAAGCGGCACUUGGCAGCCUGCACUUCCACGCGUAUUAACGUGUAG